UACCGCACGGUCCUCGUCCCGGUGGUGAAGUCUCCUGGCUUGCCAAAGCUCCCAGGGAAAUCUCUCAGCUUUAUUUACUUUGCCCCCGAUGAUGAAAACCCUGAAAUCCAUCAGCCUGUGGUCCUGGAGCUGACGCCGUCGCCAGAGAUGACCUACAGGACCUUGCCUGGCACCAGCAACGAGAUGAACGUCUUGGGCAUCGUCAUCUUCUCAGCCACCAUAGGACUCCUCCUGGGAAAGAUGGGCGAGCGAGGAAAGCCCCUGGUCAACGUCUGCCAGUGCCUGAACGAAGCAGUCAUGAAGAUUGUCUCGAUGGCAGUCUGGUACUUCCCCUUCGGCAUCGUGUUCCUCAUAGCUGGAAAGAUCCUGGAGAUGGAAGACCCGUCGGUGACAGGGCAGAAGCUGGGGCUCUACGUCAUCACAGUCGUGUCGGGGCUCGCCAUCCACGGACUCAUCCUCCUCCCUCUGCUUUUUGUGCUCAUCACCAGGAAAAACCCCUUUGCUUUCAUCCAGGGGAUACUGCAAGCCUUGCUCAUCGCCUUGGCUACAUCUUCCAGCUCAGCGACGUUGCCCAUCACCCUGAAGUGUCUCCUGGAGAACAACGGCCUCGACAGGCGCGUGGCGCGCUUCGUGCUGCCCGUGGGUGCCACCAUCAACAUGGACGGCACCGCGCUCUACGAGGCCGUGGCUGCCAUCUUCAUCGCCCAGGUCAACGAGUACGACCUGGAUUUAGGGCAAAUCAUAACCAUCAGGGCUUGCCUCACGGCCCCGCCAGCCAGCAUCGGGGCAGCCGGGAUCCCCCAGGCAGGGCUGGUGACCAUGGUGAUCGUGCUCACCUCCGUGGGGCUGCCCACCGAGGACAUCACCCUCAUCGUCGCUGUCGACUGGGCUCUGGAUCGAUUUCGAACCAUGACCAACGUCCUGGGUGAUGCUCUGGCUGCUGGCAUCAUCGCACACGUCUGCCAGAAAGACUUUGCCCCAAAGCCCCCCCGGCAAGAUCCAGUGAGCCACACAGAGAAGCUUCCCUCUGCAGAGGCCUCACGUCUGCAUCCCAAAGAUCAUGUGAUUGAAAUGAUUGAGGAAACUCUACUUGACCAGCCAGGAGUUCAUUAUAACAUCUGCCAGGUGUAG